AAAAGAAUAUAUACUAUAACAAUAAAUCAUAAACAAUAGAAGCAUAAUAUAAAUAAUUGGUUCAUUCACAGUUUACAAUUUUGCGUUCUUGUGUAUAAAAAUUCAAUUCAAAAAAUUUAGUGGACCGUUUGGGACAUAUGAUUUGUGUUAAAUUUAACACAAAUUUUUCAACUGUGUUCCUAGAAAGACAUCAAUACUAAUCGAUUGAUAAAAAAUUUUUAAAACUAAAAAGAAAAAAAUAAUUAUAAGCUUUUUAAUUAAAGCAGCAUUAACAUGUUGACAAUCAUCAUUACUAGUCUUUUCAUGAUUACAAUACCAGGAAUAAGCAGUUCAAGAUUAGAUUCAAAUCAUAAUGAAAAUUUGGCACCCUAUAUAGUUAGUAUACAAUUGAAUAGUGUUCACAUUUGCAGUGGUGUUAUUGUUACAUCUCGGGAAAUUUUAACAUUGGCAUCGUGUGUCUUUCCUUUUGUUGAUAAUUCGACUCAUAAACUGGUUGAAAUUCGCAUUGGAAGUAAAAAUCGUUAUAGAGAUGGCUCAAAAUAUUACAUUUCAUCUGUUAAAGUGCACGAAUACUUUUUGAAAUCAAGUUCAAAUAAAAUACCAGCUUGGGAUAUUGCAAUAAUUCGUGUGUCACAACGUAUUAUUUUUGAUAAGACUCGUAAUCGGACUUGUAUAGGUCUGAAAGAUACUGACAAAUCAACGAUAAUAGAUAAGCAAGGGAUUGUCGUCGAGUGGAUUUCCAAUAAAUUCGACACAUCUUAUAGUCAACAGUUAACUAAUUGGAAAAUUAUUUCGGAUACAGAGUGUAAUGAUCAGUAUGACGAUUUCGAUAAUGUGACAAGUAUUGCGCGGAUUUGUGCAAUUAAUAUCGAUAGAACUGGUGAUGUAAAUGCGUGUCCUACUGAUUUAGGGAAUCCUCUGAUGAUCAAUGGUGAACUUGUUGGUAUUAAAAUGUGGCCAAAGGGUUGUAAAGAUCUCAAAAAACCAUUUUUUUUUCGAAAUGUCAGAGAUUAUUUUGGUUGGAUUCAUAACCAUACCGACCAUACUGUUGAAGUUUUAUGCUAAGUAAACUGUAAUUAAUUUUUGAAGUGUAUAACAAUAUCGUAAUAUCAGUAUCUUUAUUAUUAGUACACAUUAGACUGUUUCAAAUUAAGGGACUACUUUUUUUUUUUUGAAGAACAUUGAAAAAUCGAUAGGGUAUCUUAAAAUAUGGCGCCAGUUAAAAUUUGAGCUCUUCCCGGGUAAAAAAAAAUCUUAAAUUAGACUUGAUUUAACUUAAUUUCCUUUGAAGUCGUCGAUAUGCCGACAACUGUAUUCCACAUUUUAACUUUUUAAACUUUUUUUGACUUAAUAUUGACUUAAUCUUGACUUUUUUUAACUUUUUUGCCUUAGAUUAGACUUUUUUUUGACUUAGAUUGUUUAGUUUCCUUUAAUUUAACUUUUCUUGGCUUAAAUUAUUUCAUUGCCUCAAAUUUGACUUAUUUUUUGUCUUAAAAAAACAACUGGUUAUCGAUUCGAAAUCUAGUUCUAUAUUUGACUUAAUUUUAACUUAGAAAUUAAGUCAAA